AUGCCGUGCGCGACGCCUGUGCGGAGCUGCGCGUCGACAGCGACGGCGAAUCCCGCUGCGGCCAUUCCGCGGCUCGCCCCGCCUCCGCCCUCGGGCGACUGGACGGUCAUCGACUUCCACAGGGCGGAGGUCCCCCGCCUGAGGGUCUCGAUGCGCGAGAAGCGGCGCGGGCCCGCGGAGCCGGUGGAGCUCCCCGUGUGGUGCCUCCGAUGGGCACACGAUUCCAUCGACGGCCAGAUGGUCUUCGGCGCGGGCUGGCGGCAGGACCGCUCGGUGUACGAGCUGCUGCACCAGCUGCUGAUCGGCGAGCUCUCGCCGGCCGACAUCAUCCCGCUGACGGUGGUGCUGGACGGCAGCAGGCUAUUUUCCAUCUCGCACAGGCGUCUGGCGGCCCUGAAGAUGUACCAGGCGUUGCGCCAGAACGAGGUGGUCCGCGUGCCCUGCCUCCUGUACGAGGCGUGCGACGCCGACAUCCGUGCCGAAUACGAGGAUGCCAUGACUACUGGCCCAGAUCUCGGCUACGGCACGAAGCUGCUGCUGCGGGGGCACGAGUCGCAGGCGUGGCACAUGGGCAUGCCGCUGUUCUGUUCCACGCAGGACCUAGAGCAAAGCUUUCUGGGAGCCUGCCCCUAG